AUGGCGUUGAUCAGUAGAAGAAAGAUGACUUAUGUCGAAGAGCGAGCUCUGGUUACGUACCUGAUAUAUAUAUGGCUAACCAGUGCCUACCGCAUACAUGAUACAUUGCUAGGUGUUACAUACGGGACAUCAUUGUUGAUUCAGAUAUUCAACUGCGAUGAGACGGGCUGGACUGGUCGUGAAACUUCGAGACAGAAAGUCAUAGGUCCAACUGUUGUGCACACCUACAGACAGCAGACAAUGCCUUACGUGUACCUUGAGAUUUCCCGCAGUAUCGACAAUGUGACGUUCCGUCCAAUUUAUCGCACAGAGACGGAACAGAAGACACAACAUCGCAGAUGGCGUCCUUUCGAGCUUGAGCUACAGCAUUUGUGUAAUGGAGAUUGGGCUAGCUUGCAGUCUGGCACCACAGGGAAGGCCAUUACAAAGAACUACCUCUUGUGCCGAAAAAUGAAAAACAGCAUUAAAAUCACAAAUAACGGAUACUUGCGCUUCUUUAAAAUUAGGGUAGAUCGUGAGUACUCGUUAUUGGAUUAUGUCACAGGAGGGAUGAAACUAAACCUUAACGUCGCAAUAGACUUUACGAUAUGCAAGUGUCCGCUUCUGGCAUCGAAUGGAACACCUGAACAGACGACGAGUCUUCACGACGUCUCCGAAAAUAAGAGCUCCAUCAGCCGGUACAAGAAGGCUGUUAAGCAAUUACGAAUGUCGGGUCCCACGCGACUGAAGCCAGUGAUCUCCUUUGCUGAGUCUCUAGCGGUGCGCGAGCCCACACAGGACAGUCAGGUCUAUCAUGUCCUCCUCGUCAUAACGGAUGGCAUUUUGAACGACAUAGAUGACAUUCUUGAACGCCUGACCUCUAUAAGCCAAUUACCCUUAACGUUUGUGUUUGCCGGGGUCGGUCUAGCAGACUUUAAGCUCUUGGCCCGUGAAACACUAGCAGUUAUUUCAUCUCAGAUCACAGAAUACAUGCGACGGAAGGAUAUCAUACCAAACAAGCCAAGUGCAACCAGUUUACCACGGUCACACUCUAGUGCUUCGUUGAUCAAUACAAGCCAGACCGAGGGUGGAGGACUAAGUAGAAGGUCGGCUUCUAGAACCAGCUUAAUAAGUCGAAACUCUGUGAGUAACGCCACGGAUCCAAAAUGCCCUACUUGUGGCUCGGUGCUUGACAAUGGUUUUCAUCAGCUCCUAUACAAUCAUCUGCAGAUGUUAAACUAUAAGGGUAACUUUGCUGACGGAGGUAUGGAAUAA